AUGAUUGGAAUCAACCAGGAAUGGCCAAACCCAAUUCUCAGGUGUCCUAUAGCUCCUGGCUCAAACAUGAUCUAUGACUUUACUGUGGGUAAUCAAACUGGAACUUAUUGGUACCAUUCACAUAGCGGCACUCAAUAUGGCGAUGGGUUAAGAGGAAUGUUUAUUAUUGAAGAAGAAAAAGACAAUAUGCCUUUCCAUUAUGACGAAGCAGUUGAGUUGAGUUUAUCUGAUCACUAUCACAUGGAGACGUCCGAGAUUAUGAAACAGUUUAUGUCCAGAUUCAACCCUACUGGCGCGGAGCCCAUUCCCCAGAAUAGUCUAUUCAAUGAAACAAGAAACGUCACUUUUGAUGUUCGUACAGAUACAACAUAUCUCUUACGAGUUGUCAAUAUGGGGUUGUUUGCUUCACAAUACUUGUUUAUUGAAAACCACACUUUGACCAUUGUUGAGGUGGACGGGGUACCUGUGGUGCCUUAUGAUGUUGACUCGCUUUAUAUAACUGUGGGGCAGAGGUACGGUGUGCUUGUUAAAACAAAGAGUACACUGGGCCAAGAUUACAGGUUUGUUAACAUCUUGGAUAAGGAGAUGUUGGAUACGGUUCCACAAGACUUGCAGUUGGUAUCCACAAACUACCUCAGGUACAACAACAGCGGGUCGUCGUUGCCAAAACCCCUUCCAUAUCAAUCCUUUGAGGAAACUUUGCACCAACUCAAAGGGUACGACGAUUUUGACCUCGUGCCAAUUAGUGGUGAGAAGUUGCUCCCUGACCCCGAUCUCACCAUACAACUCAACCUCACAAUGGAAAUGCUCAACGAUGGUGUUACGUAUGCCAUGUUCAAUGGAAAGACAUAUACGCCGCCCAAAGUGCCCACAUUGUAUACACUCUUGUCCAGCAAUGAGUUGGCAACAAACGAGGCCAUAUACGGAACCAACACAAACUCGUUUAUCUUGCAGGGAGGCGAGGUUGUGGACUUGGUAUUGAACAAUGUCGAUGAUGGCAAACACCCGUUCCAUUUGCAUGGCCACAACUUCCAAGUCAUCUCCCGAAGCGAGCAAGGGUCUGAUCCAAUUGCUUUUGAUCCAAAUAACAAAACAAUGAUUGACUAUCCGGAGAAACCCUUGAUCAGAGACACAGUUGAAGUCAAAGGUAACGGGUUCUUUGUCAUUCGGUUUGUUGCUGAAAACCCGGGCAUCUGGUUCUUCCAUUGCCAUGUUGACUGGCAUUUGGAACAAGGGUUGGCCAUAAUUCUUGUGGAAGAUCCUUUUGUGGUGCAACAACAACAACAAUUGAUUCCAGACAACCAUCUCCAAGUGUGCAAAGAGGUUGGCGUUUUAUCCAAGGGGAACGCCGCGGGGAAUGAGGACUUUUUGAACUUGCAAGGACAAAAUGUUCAGCGCCCACCAUUGCCAGAAGGGUUCACAUCUAAAGGGUACUUUGCUAUAGCUGUAUGUGCCUUGGCGGCACUCUACGGGUCAUGGUCCAUCUACAACUACGGAAUGGAGGAUGUGUCGCAGGACAACUCUGCUGAGGUUAUGGACCGCUUUGCCGGAAUUGUUGGCUUGUACACUGUGUACACCUUAUUGGACAAAGGUAUAGAUGUGAAAACCAUUACUGUUAUUGCCGACUAUUUCCCCGGCGACGAGUCGAUAAACUACACAUCCCCCUAUGCGGGAGGAAACUUUUCGUGCAUCACCGGUGAUGACGACGAUAUUCUCGCAGAUGACAAGUACACUUAUCUUAAUCUUGCCAAGGUACAGCUGGCCAUUGGCAAAACUGCGGGUUUAGACAGGUAUAUAUCUACCGAGUACUGGGACACCAAGCCGAGUCAGAAGAAAAUCAACUCUUUAAAGAGUUAUCUAGAGGAUUACAAGGAGCUCAAGGCCGACCAAUUACCCACAGGGUCUGCUUUUGGCAUAAGCUUUCUUCUGUGGAACUUCAACUGUCCCAAGUUUUUGUACCAUUUCAAAACCAACUUGGAAGAAAGAGGGGUCCAGUUUCAAAGAAAACAUCUUGACCACAUUGUACAAGCAUACGAGUCCACAAAAACAAGUAUUGUGUUUAACUGCACGGGUCUUGGUGCAAGGACACUUGUUGGUGAUAAAAAUGUUUAUCCCGGUAGGGGACAAGUAGUUGUGGUUCGAGCUCCGCACAUUAUGGAGAACGUGUUAAGCUGGGGCGACCGCGAACCAACAUAUAUCAUCAAAAGGCCAUACUCACACGACCAAUUGAUCUUGGGCGGGUUCUAUCAAAGAGGUGACUGGACCCCAGAUGCAUUAGCGGAACAAACGGCAGAUAUUUUGAAAAGAACAACCACACUCUACCCCAAGAUCUUGACGGAGAACCCAUAUGGAAAUACUGUAGAUAGUUUAGAGGUGAUUAGAGUAGCUGUUGGACUAAGACCAUGUAGACAUGGCGGGGCUAGGAUUGAAAGGGUUAUGAUUGAGGGCAGGGUACUCAUUCACAACUAUGGUGCUGCUGGGAAUGGCUACCAAUCGGGACUCGGAAUGGCACACAGAGCAGUUAAAUUAGCAAUAGAUGUAAAAUUGUAG